UGAACAGAUAUGAGAAGGCUUGUUUGGAAAAGGGGGAGAGUGGCAUUUUUGGCUGGCUGGGCAUGAGGCCGAUUCUUUUGUUUUUGCACUCGUUGACCGCGGAUUCCAAUUAUGCCACUUUCUUUUGGGCCUGCGUGCAGUUGAUUGAAGCCUUUGCAAAGUGCCCAGGGUCGCGGCAGGUGGAAUCUCUUCUUUUUAUUACAGUUGACCGUAUUCACAGCGCUGCAAAGCAUAUUCAAAAUCAAUUGAAUCAGGCUGCGGAAACACCACGAUUUUCUCUGCCCGCAUUGCGGGAAGUGGGUAAUACCAUUCGCAGUGCGCUUGACUUUCUUUUGGUCCUUCUCCGUGUUCAGCUUGAAUGCGAAAAUGUGGCAAUUGAAAGCGGCAUGUUGGAGAUUCCCCCUGUCAUGGGCCGUAUCUUUGACAUUCUUAGCACAUCUUCGUCUGACCUUCUGGAGGCCUGGGCGACACUGCUCGAGAAAUUGGAGGACUGUAAGAUGCGUGAUUUGGUUCGGAAGUGUUGCCUUGGCGUGGUGCGGAACUUUUCUUUUCAGAUUGAGGAGCUAAUGAAAGUGUCGUCCAAGAAGGAGGACGAUGAACCACUGAAUGAAAUUCUUGAUACAUGCUACCAUUUCAUUGACACAUUUCUCAAGGGCGACGAUGAAUGA